AUGGAUUACUUUACUUGCACGAAACUCUGGAUAUUGCUCUUGGUUACCGUUUGUUCCAGCACUGCAACACAUUCGUGGCGUUUACAUUAUGGUUAUGGAUCUAAUGCCAUUUCCACCACAACGAGAGCAUUUAAAUGUCAGUCUCGGGGCCUCUUUCCAGAUCCAUACGAUUGCCGUUCUUAUUACGAUUGCACUAGUGAUGGCACACACACUCAUCAUAGAUGCGCUUUUCUGCAACGGUAUUCGGCUAAUAUGCAAGCCUGCGCAUUCGCCUGGACGGUAAUUUGCUACACUCCCACUUUCAAGUGCAUAGCUGAGGGUGAUAGCGGCGCAUGGCCAGGUGAUGCGCGUAUAUUUUAUGUAUGCCAGGCCAAUGGUAGCGCUGGGAAUUUAAUACCGGUGUUUUUAAAAUGUGAAUCUGGUUCGUCAUUCAAUGGAUCGAUUUGUGUGUGA